AUGCUUAGAAGAAUUUUUAUUUUAUUGAUGUUUAUAUAUUAUGAAAAGGUUAUAAAAAGCUUCUUUUUAAAUUUUUCAAAAAAAAAAAUAUUUUUUUUGAAUAGUAAUAAAAAUAAAAAGCUUACAAUAAGGCAAAGAUAUAAUAAUAUAUAUUGUAAUAAAAAGAUUAAGAAAAAUGAAUUUCAUGAUAGAUGUAUUAUAAAUGUUAAAGGAGGAAAUGGAGGUGAUGGUGUAUGCUGUUUUACAGUAUUUUCACAAAAAAAAAAUAAAAAGUAUGCAUCAGGAGGAGCAGGAGGAAAAGGGGGGGAUGUAUUCUUAGUUGGUGAUAAAAAAAUUGAUAAUUUUUUUAAUUUAAAAUUAAAAGCUUUUUAUUAUGGUGAGAAUGGAAAAAAUGGUAGUAACAAUAAUCAAAUUGGAAAAAACGGAAAAGAUGAAUAUAUAUAUAUACCAAUAAAUACUCUUAUAUAUAGUGAUGAAAAAAAGUUUAUUAAUUUUAUUUCUUUUGAUGGUCAGAAGAUUUUAAUAUCAAAAGGUGGUAAAGGGGGAAAAGGAAAUUACUCAUUUAGAACUAGAAGUUUGAAAAUACCAUUUGUAUGCCAAUAUGGAGAAAAAAUGAAAGAAAAAAAGAUUUAUUUAAAAAAAAUAUUUUUUGGUGAUUUUAGUAUCAUUGGAUAUCCUAAUGUAGGAAAAAGCACUUUGCUAAAUAAAAUUACAAAAGCAAAUGUAAAAAUAGCAAAUUAUAGCUAUACUUCAAAAUUUCCAAAUUUAGGAAUAUUUGAAUGUAAUAAAGUUAAAGAUGAAUUAAAAAUAGAAUCUAUCAAUUAUUCAGAAUAUGGUCUCAAUAAAAAUAAUAUAGAUCAAAACGAAAUAACAAAAAGUGAAAUACACGAAAAUAAUAUGAAUAACAAUGAAUUAAACAAAAAUGAAAUACACGAAAAUAAUAUGAAUAACAAUGAAUUAAACAAGAAUGAAAUAUAUAAAAAUGAUAUGAAUAACAAUAAAUUAAACAAGAAUGAAAUAUAUAAAAAUGAUAUGAAUGACAAUGAAUUAAACAAAAAUGAAAUAUAUAAAAAUGAUAUGAAUAACAAUGAAUUAAACGAAAAUGAAAUAUAUAAAAAUGAUAUGAAUGACAAUCAAUUAAACGAAAAUGAAAUACAUGAAAAUGAUAUGAAUGAAAAUGAAUUAAGCAAAAAUGAAAUACAUGAAAAUGAUAUGAAUGAAAAUGAAAUAUAUAAAAAUGAUAUGAAUGACAAUCAAUUAGACAAAAAUGAAAUAUAUAAAAAUGAUAUGAAUGAAAAUGAAUUAAACGAAAAUGAAAUAUAUAAAAAUGAUAUGAAUGACAAUGAAAUAAAAGAUAUACCAAAAAAUAAUUAUACAAUAAUUGAUUUUCCAGGUAUAAUAGAAAAUUUGAAUGAAAAAAAAAAUAACAUAUCAUAUAAGUACCUUGAACAUCUAAAAAAUAGUAAAGUACUAAUUUACAUGUUUGACAUAAAUAAUAAUAAUAUUAUAGAGAAUUAUAAAAAUAUAAAAAGUGUAUUAGUUAAAUAUGAUGAUUGUUUCAAAGAUAAAAAAGAAGUUAUUGUUUUAAAUAAAGUUGACUUAUAUAAUGAUAAAGAAAAUAUAAAUUUACUAAUUAAUCAUUUAAAAGAAAAUUUAAAUAAUGAUAAAAUAUUUUAUAUUUCUGCACUAACUGGAGAAAAUGUUGAAAAAACAAUGAGUGAAAUAGUUUUAAAUAUUGAUGAUCAGAACACAUUAAAAGAAUUUUUGAAAACAUUACCCAAACCGAUUGAUAUUGAGAAAAUAGAAAAUAGUGAUUAUUACAAUCCUUAUGAUUAUAAAAUUUAUAAAUACAGCGAAAAUAUUUACAUAAUAAAAGGGAAAUACAUAGAAAAUCAAGCAAAUAUUUUUAAUUUCUCAAAAUGUGAUAGCUCAAAAAUAUUUAUGAAAAUGUUAGAUGAUUUGAAUAUAAAUAUGAAACUAAAAAAUAUAGGAGCAAAGGAAGGAGAUAAAAUUAUUGUAAGCAAUUAUUCAUAUAGUUUCGAUCUUGAUUAUUGA